CGGGACCGGCACGGAGGGACGGGCAGCGGAGAAGCGACAGGGAGCGGCGGCACAGCCUGGAGCGGAGCCGAGCGGCCGGGCCGCCCUGCGGAGGUGGGAAGGCAGCGGGAGCUCACCAUGGCCCUGGCAGACGGCGCGGGCUGUGCCAACCCCGGCGAGGACAACCCCUUCCCUGACAUCAUCGAGCUCAACGUGGGUGGGCAAGUCUACAUCACCCGGCACCCCACGCUGGUGAGCGUGCCCGGCUCCCUGCUCUGGGAGAUGUUCACCCAGAAGAACGUGCGCUCCCUGGCCCGCGACAGCAAGGGCCGCUUCUUCGUGGACCGGGACGGGUUCCUGUUCCGCUACAUCCUGGAUUACAUGCGGGACCAGCAGCUGGUGCUGCCGGAGCACUUCCCAGAGCGGAGCCGGCUGCAGCGGGAGGCCGAGUACUUCAUGCUGCCCGAGCUGGUGAAGAUGUUGGCGCCGAAGCUGAGCAAGCAGAACUCCCUGGGGGAGGAUCCCUGCCAGAGCGACCCCGAGGAGCUGUCCCCCGGCGCCGACGCCGCCCGCGCGCUGAGCUCCGCCGGCACAGCCCUGCCCGGCACCACGGCCGCCGGCACCGCCGGCACCGAGGGCCGCAGGGCAGGGUUCAUCACCAUCGGCUACAGGGGCUCCUACACCCUGGGCAGGGACAGCCAGACGGACGCCAAGUUCCGCAGGGUGGCCCGGAUCAUGGUGUGCGGGAAGACCUCGCUGGCCAAGGAGGUCUUUGGGGACACCUUGAACGAGAGCAGGGACCCGGACAGGCCCCCGGAGAGGUACACCUCCAGGUACUACCUCAAAUUCACCUUCCUGGAGCAGGCCUUUGACAAACUGGCCGAUGCCGGCUUCCACAUGGUGGCCUGCAACUCCACGGGCACGUGUGCCUUCGCCCACGACCAGACGGACGACAGGAUCUGGACCUCUUACACCGAAUAUGUUUUCUAUCGUGAGUGACACAACCAGCCAACCCUCCACAAACCAAACACCAACCGUCCCUCUUUCCUCUCCCGUGCUGGCCGUUGCCUAGAAGGUAGACAUCCAUCCCUGAAUCCCGGCGUUUCCCCUUUGCCUCCUUUUGAGUUGGUUUUUGGGUUUUUUUCCCCCCUCCUCCUUCCUCCACGUUGAACCUGCCCGGCUCUUCCUUGUAGCAGCUGCUGAGCACCAACCUUCUUCCCUCUCUCCGACUUCUGCAGUAGCUCCCAACCCUCCCUGGAUGUGUGGACUUGGACUCUGUCGCGUGGUUUGGGUGGGAGGGGGGGACACGGCGGACUGGGCUUUGUCUGGAAUUCCUGCGGCUGGAUGAGCUUGUGUUGGACGCUGAACUUGGCUCCCUGUCCGUCUGCAGCUGCUCGGGACUGUGCUGCACUCACUGGGUUUGACCUGCCAAGGGCUGUGCGUGAGGAAGGGUUGGGUUAAGGACACGGAGAAAGGUGGGAAGCAGAGCCAGGGAGGGGAGGGGGGGGUUGGGAAGAUGAAGCCUGGCAGGAUGUAUUGCCAUGAGCCCCUGUAAGCAGCUUAACCUUUAGACUGGCAGCGCUUGGGGAGGUUAAAACCUCACCCCGUGUUUGCAGCUCUGAGUUGAAGCCUCGCUGCUGCUCUGGGAUGCCUUGGGGGGGGGGUUGGGAGGGGUAUUUUGUGGGGUGGGAGGGUGUGGAUGGGCAGAUGCUCUGCUCAUGUACAAGUGGAGGGAGGUGGGGGGGAGUGGGGAAGGCUUUACGUGCUGUAGGGUGUAAAAUGCUCACACAUCUCUCCAAAACUUGGAGGUUUGUCAGGAAAAAAAGCCCCUUCGUGUUUCCAUUCCAUAGCAAUGGGAUCAGAGGGAUGAGGUUGGGAUGCUCCAGCCACGGCCACAACUUCACCCAGUGAAGGGAAUCCUUGCUGUUUGGGCAAACUCUCGGGAAGGUCUCUCCAAUCCCAGCUCUCCAGGGGCUGCUGCUGCUUUCCCACGCCUGGGAAUUGUGUAAUAAAGGAACCAAACCCA